GUUUGCUGCAUUACGUGAAAACCCAACCAUGACUAGUUCGCUGAUAUUGUUAAUGAUACUAUCACUUCUGUUUUUAACUGUCUCCUACGUGUUUGAUUCAUUUCCCAGCUGAAGGCAAAUUUCAUUUUCCUUACAGAUAUUCUUUGUUUCUGUUUUUGAACUGAUUGAGAUGGAUUCUGUGUCUCUAAAACGCCGAACGCAACCAAAAAGUAUAAAAUGAGUGUUGUUAAAUGAAGAUCCGAAACGUAAGCAAUUGCGUAAUCAGAAAAGCCCAUAUUUUGUAUUUAUUUCUGUUCGUCAUUAUCGCUUCAAAAGAUUAGGUUUAAGAGGUUGUAUUCGGAAAAAUCUCUUGAUAAAAGCAUCUUUAAAUGCUAUCUUCUCCUGGUUUUGUAUUUUCUUCAUAAAUAGUUUUAUUUUUAUUUCAUUUUUUGGUUUCUUCCAUUCUCGAGGAAAAUAGAUAGUUCGAAGUAUUCAGAUUUCUCAAUGGAGAAUGAUAAUGAUCACAGAGAAGCGUUACUGAAGAAGAAUAAGGUGUAUUAUGAGAAUUGUCCAGGUUGUAAGGUUGAUUAUAGAAAAGAUACACAGACAGGGAUACCUUACAAAGAGUUCUUUUUUGUAUGGAUAGUAGUGCUGGGAACUGCUCUACCAAUAUCGUCUCUAUUUCCGUUCCUAUAUUUCAUGAUAAGAGACUUCCAUAUUGCAAAGAGGGUUGAAGAUAUUGGAUAUUAUGCAGGAUAUGUAGGAAGUGCAUACAUGUUUGGAAGAGCUUUGACAUCUUAUUUUUGGGGAGUCUUUGCUGAUAGAUAUGGUCGAAAACCGGUCAUAGUAUUUGGCACCAUGAUAGUGCUUAUCUUCAACACGUUAUUUGGUCUUAGUACAAAUUUUUGGAUGGCAAUUUCUAUGAGGUUUCUUCUUGGAUGCUUGAAUGGUCUACUUGGCCCUAUUAAGGCGUAUGCUAUUGAGGUCUGCCGUCAUGAACACCAAGCAUUGGCAUUAUCACUUAUUAGUACAGCAUGGGGAGUGGGGUUGGUUAUUGGUCCAGCUCUUGGGGGAUUUCUUGCACAGCCUGCAGAAAAAUAUCCAAAUUUAUUUCCACAGGGAUCUCUGUUUGCAAGAUUUCCGUACUUCCUACCUUGCCUCUGUAUAUCAGCAUUCGCUGCAGUUGUUCUUGUAGUUUGUUGUUGGCUUCCUGAAACAUUGCAUAAACAUGCUGGAAUAAAUGAAGAAGCAUACGGGAGUGAUGAAAAAGACAUUAUGCAAGAGACUGACGGGAUAGGCUCAGAUUCUAAUGAAAGCCUAUUUAAGAACUGGCCGUUAAUGUCAUCUAUCAUUGUAUAUUGUGUCUUCUCACUACAUGACAUGGCCUACACAGAGAUAUUCUCACUGUGGGCUGUCAGCCCUAGGCAGUACGGUGGAUUGAGCUUUACGACCGAGAAUGUUGGUGAAAUUCUAUCAGUCUCAGGUUUUGGACUUCUACUGUUUCAACUUACUAUAUAUCCAAAGGUCGAGAGAAUUCUAGGACACCUAACGGUAUCUCGCAUUUCAGCGGUUUUAGCUAUACUCUUGUUGUCAUGUUACCCAUCAAUAGCUCAUCUAUCGGGGCUCAGCCUUACGUUAUUACUAAAUUGUGCAUCAAUAUUGAAGAACGUUUUCUCUCUGUCAAUUAUCACUGGGUUAUUCAUCCUACAAAACAACGCAGUGUCUCAACACCAACGGGGGGCUGCAAAUGGAAUCUCUAUGACUGGGAUGUCUCUUUUCAAAGCAUUUGGUCCAGCUGGUGGCGGUGCUUUGUUUUCAUGGGGACAAUCACGAAGGAAUGCUUCGUUUCUUCCAGGUAGUGAGAUGGUUUUCUUUGUCCUAAAUAUAGUUGAAGUGGUUGGAUUAUUGAUGACCUUCAAACCUUUUCUCGCAAUCCGUCAACAACAUGGAUGAAGUAUUCAAGUAUUACAAAAAAUAUGUAGUUAUGAUAGGUUCGUGAGGGGAAUCCUGGUGCAACAUGGGCUGGGUCAUCUUUCAAAAUGUUGUGAGGUGACAGGGAUAUCUCAGUUGGCCUUGGCGUAUGCACCAAUUAUCCAUCUGUAAUAUCUGCAAGAUGGAAGAAUGCGGUCUUAACAUAUCGUUAACUUAGUUCGUCUUAAAAUAUGGUUUCAAGAAGGCUACAUUCAGGAGGCCAUCAUGUUAGAAGAGGCCAAUAGCAGACAUACCAAGUCUUAAUAUAAUAGGCCAGAUUUUCUUACUGGAAUUGGAGUUCCUAACAAGUAUUACAGGUUUAAAUAUGUAUGUAGGCAAUAGGAUUGAAAAUGGUUGCAGUAUUCCAAUCUGGAUGUCUGCAUUUUCUCUUACUAUUUUGGUCCUUUCUGCUUUAUCAGCUUUUGCUUUUGGCUGUUCGACUCUCUAACUGAGAUCAUCCAUCUUUGUAACCUAGCUAUUUGGCUUGUUAAUGAAAAUUAUAUGAUUUCUUUAAUUUA